AUGGAAAAGGUAAAAAUAGCUAAGUUGCAAAUGUUAAGAAGAGAUUUUGAGACCAUCUACAUGAAAGAAUCAAAUACAAUAGACUCAUUUUUCACUCAAAUCAUUGGAUUAGUAAACCAAAUCAGAUCUCAUGGUGAAAACCUUGAAGAAAGAAGAGUGGUUGAAAAGAUUUUGAGAAGUUUGCCUACAAGAUUUGAAUCUAUUGUGGUGGCCAUAGAAGAGACAAAGAAUCUAUCACAAUUUCCAGUGGAUGAGCUUCAUGCUUCACUCAUUUCUCAUGAGCAUAGACUGAGUAGGUCAACAAAUUCAAAUUUGGAGCAUGCAUUCAAGACACAAGUUUCAAUCAGCCAUGAUAGAGGUAGGGGAAGAACAAAUUUCAGAGGUAGAGGAAGAAAUGCAUAUAGAGAUGGAAGAGGCAGCCCAUCAAACUCAAGUGGAAGAGGUAGCAGCCCAUCAAGCUCAAGUGGAAGAGGCAACUAUCAAAAAUCAACUCAAAAUCAGCUCCAAAGCCAAAGGUAUGACAAAUCAUCAGUCCAAUGUCAUUAUUGCAAGAAAUUUGGGCAUUACAUUAAUGAAUGUAGAAAGAAGCAAUAUGAUUCUAGACAACAAAGUGCAAAUUUUACCAAGGAAAAUCAAACUCAGGAUAACAUGUUCAUAGCUUGUAAUGUUGCACAAGAAAGUGAGAAAGAUAUAUGGUUUUUAGAUUCGGGUUGUAGCAAUCAUAUGACUGGAAAUUUGGAAAUGUUUUCUAGUUUGGAUGAGAGUGUAAAAUCAGAUGUAACAUUGGGGAAUGACAACAAAGUUUCAGUUAUGGUUAAAGGAAGUGUCAACAUUCUAACCAAAAUGGGGGUGAAAAAGUAUAUUUUAGAUGUGUAUUUUGUUCCUGGACUGAAACAUAACUUAAUGAGUAUAGGGAAGCUCAUUCAAAAGGGUAUAGAGUUUAUUUCAAGAACAAAGAAUGCACAAUUUUAG